UUCUCCCGCAAAAAAUAAUAACAUAGAACUGCUAAUAAAACGCUUGAGGUGGCGUUUUGAAAAGAGAAAACUUAAAUUUUUUUAGUACAUGGCAUAAAGAUAAUUAUGAGCCUUUGAUUGAUACCCAGCCAUUUUUUGCAGAGGCACAUUCCUGUUCCCCACUUAUAUUGGAGUGAACGGAGAGAUCUACUUCUGGGCCAAAUGAAUCGAGGGACCCAUCUACAGUAUGUUCUGUUCCGGGGGCUUGCACUUGACACCACAGCCACAGUCGCCUAACCUCCCCACCCACGGCAGGAUUAUUCGUCCAACCACCGUCCAAUUUAAAUGUUCCAGGCAGAUUUCAGCCAAUAAGGCCUUAGCCUCUAGAGGGCGCCUUUUCCUCGAUGUUAAAUAAUACUCCGCCGGCGUUUGUCUGAUCAAUUAAAGAUUUCGUAAUUUUCAAACUUGCUAACCCUCUUUCACAACCACACUCGAUGUAUUUUAAGUCCCAGCUAUACACUGGGAUACUCCCAAACGUAAUAGGGAAAAUCCUAACGAAGUGGUGAAAUCUCGGAUGUUCACCUCCCCGUUGAGUGAGUUAGCCACCUGCGUACUGCUGCCAUUGCUCAGCAAACAGCCAUCGCUGAACAAAAGCAUCAAUAACAUCACUAUGGUUUUCGAGGAGGAAUCCACGUCUGUCAGCCCUGUGGACAUAGAGGGAUUUACUUUACAAAAUAAGAGCCCCCUCUCAUGUCCCCCGUGCCCUCCAGUAUCCCUCUCCCCAUGCAGGGUGGCUACGCCCGCCGGCUCCCCCCUCCCUUCCCUCACCCAGGCCCAGGCCUUCAGCCUCAACAAAAACAGCACCCUGUGCCUCCCUGUGUUUUCCGCGGACAACAAGCUGCUGUGGGUCCACUCCAACUCCAUCACCAAGGAAGUAGCCCACGCGGCCGACACCCUGGACGGGGCCUUCGAAGUGUUCCCUUACCCGAAGCGGGAGGAGAUGGCGAAGCUGGCACGGCGCUGCUCCCUGCACGUGGAUCACGUGCGCGUGUGGUUUAUGUUCCAGCGCCUCCACUACGGCAUCAGCUGGGACUACGCCGACAUCUGCACGGUCCGAAGGAGGCUGCUGGGCCCGGGGCGCCGAAGAUCGGCGAAAGCGGCGGUGGUGGUGGGGGGGGAGGACGACCCACAGGCGGUGAGGGAGGAGAAAGAGGAGGCCAAGGAGGAGGAGGAGGCGGCGGCAAGGGAAGAUGUUUUGGAGGAGGCUGGCGAGAGAGGGAGCAGCGAGAGGUCAGGUUCGUGUGUGAAGAUGGGAGCGAGAGGCGUGGCCACAGAAAAGGGAGAGGAGGGCGAGGGCCGAGGGGGAGGGUCAGGGGAGACAGGCGAGAGUACAGCGUCGCCGACGCCUCCUCCUGUGUCGUCUGUCCGCCGUCCGUACGGACGACCCAGGAGGCUGCUGGGCCCGGGGCGCCGACGACCGGCAAGGGCGUCGAAGGCGGCGGUGGUGGUUGGGGAGGACGACCCACAGGCGGUGAGGGAGCAGGUGGAGGAGAAAGAGGAGGAGGCGGAGAAAGAGGAGGAGGAGGAGGAGGAGGAGGCGGCGGCAAGGGAAGAAGUUUUGGAGGAGGCUGGCGAGAGAGGGAGCAGCGAGGGCUCAGGUUCGUGUGUGAAGAUGGGAGCGAGAGGCGUGGCCACAGAAAAGGGAGAGGAGGGCGAGGGCCGAGGGGGAGGGUCAGGGGAGACGGGCGUAAGGGUGGAGGUAGGAGGUGAGGAGGAGGAGCAAGGGCAGGAGGGGAGGGUGGAGACCCCCGGCCGGCCCUGUAAAAGAAAGCUGGGGGAGGAGAAUGAAAAGGGCAAAAAGAGUGCCAGGGGCAAAGGGGACAUGGCACGGGUCAGGAAGGGGGCAAAGUCGACGGAGGAGGACCCCCCAAAGAGGAAAGACGGGGAGCCCGGACGCGUCGAAGGAGGCAUGGCGUUGCUCACGAACCAGGAGCCCGUCCCUGAGAGCACAGCGUCCCCGACGCCUCCUCCUGUGCCGUCUGUACGAGGUCCGUGCGGACGGCACAGCAAGAAGAAGAAGAAGACGACGCCCUUUGACCUGUUGCCCAAAGUUGAGGUUAGCGAGAUCCCGCUUGCCAGCAAGGGCCCCAGGGGGCCACCGGGGGCCGGUGAGAACCACGCAGGUCGAAAAGCCGACUCGACGGCAACCGUGAGCGGAGACCACGAUGGCGUAGACGGCGUCACCCCAGGCAAUGGCUCCGCCCACGGUAACACGUCAGCCCUCGGCGACCUCGGCACGUCGAAGGCCAAGGCCAGGCCGCCGGACGCCAAACCCAAGAACAAGACCAAGGAGCAGCUGCGUCGGGCCUUCCUGUUCUGCCAGUACCCCAACCCGUGCGACUACGACUGGCUUUCGGAGUGGACGGGCCUGCAGCGCAGCCGACUGACCCAGUGGUUUGGCGACACGCGCUAUGAGAUGAAGAACUCCAAGCCCCGUUGGAUCACCCCCGGGGACCAGCAGCGGGUCCUGGCUCGCAUGCGGCAGCGGCAGAGGAUGAAGCACCUGAGCACGGGGGAGGCCGGGGCCGGCCGAGAGGCGGCCAGUGGGCCCGGGGCUGGGACCUGGAGGUUGAAGCUGGAGGAGCGGUCGGCGAUCCCCAUCCCCACCGCCACCCUCUCCACCACUCCCCCCCCCGCUCACUGAGGCCGAGGAGGUGUACGAGGCCAUCGUGGGGAGACCCGCCGGAAGGAGGCUCAGGGCUUUUGGAUGGUUGUGUAAAGACAUCGGUGCCUUUAGUUCGUUUGGACCCGGGAUUUUU